AUGCCUGCAAAAAGUUACAACACCGGGGAACCCAUCAGACUCAGCGAAGCUCAGCUAGAUUUGUUAUAUGCUGAAUUACCUCCGAUUGAGGAAGGUCUUGAAUUCACCCCUGAACAAAUUUUAGAUUUUGAUGAUCGACAACAAGUUAUCAAUCAUACUCUAGAUCUACUAGCUGGAGAACAAUGUUUUGUUCUAGAUGUUCAUAGUCAAGAACUAUUAUCUUUAGACCAGCAUGGAGCUCCUCGCCCGAUAACUUUUGUUUCGAAUAGAAAUCCUCGAAAUCAAUCAAGCCGUGGAGGAACUCCCGCUGGCGCUUCGACAGUCGUAGCCAGUCCUGGAACGGGUCCUAGUAAUCCCAAAGUCCCCUUGGGGAGUGGGAUGAAAGGAAAGCGUAGAGAAGAUCAGAUGGAUGUCGAACAUGGCAACCUUCCGAACCCUUCGACAAGCGCUAACAUACCUGAUCCCGUUCCUAUCACCUUGCGACCAGAUCAGCAUGAAUCAUUUCUUCGUUACCAAGAAGAAAUAGCUCGAAGAAUGCAAGAAGAGUGGAAUCGAGAAUCGUCAGGAGGAACCAAUGAACCGUUCUUUGAAGCUCCGAUGGGAUCAAACCAUCAGAAUGGACCUGCCUCUUUCGCCAGAACCCCUCAUCCAACUCCCUCGACCAAUGUCCCUAGUGCUAGGACAUUCAAUCGUCUUGGUCUAAUUCCGCGAGAAAGAGAUGUAACUAAACUCGCAAAGGCCGCCCAUAUCCGAAAAAUUCCCCGAUUUAAUGGAUCUAAUCCAAAGGACGCUUCGAUAUGGUGUACCAACACGGCAAAGGCUUUCCAAGUACUAGGUACUGAUGACGAGCCCGUUGAUUGGGCGGAAUUUUCUAGUUUGAUGAUUCGAAAGUUCCCGACCACUUUGAAUAAAGCCAGCGUCUUAGAUAGAUUCGCUAAGUUCGCGUUUAGACCAAAUGAAAAAGCGGUGGACGCUUAUGGUCGAUUCAGACUAAUUCAAAACGAUGCUGAUACGUUGAAACUCAAGUAUGAGGUCGAGGAAUUAUGGAUGACCAAAUUACCUCAUGGACUUCGAAAAGAUGUCCAAAUCGAAGUCGACAGAUCUGCCGAGAAUGGUAUAGUUAUGAAUUUAGAACAAAUUGUUCUUUGCAGCAUAAAUCGUGACAAUCGUCGACAACAAGAAAGAGAUACGCUACAUUCCACUAGUGACUCUAAUCGAACCAAUUAUGAGUUUGAUGAUGAGCCCCAAUUGCCUUCUACAAAGCGCAAGAGUUCUGGACCAAUGGAGGCCAGAGAAAGUAAGAUUAAUGAGGAAAAAUUAAUACCUCAUGAACUUCUGAGUGACAAGUGUGUCGACCUAUCAAAGAAGUCGGAUCACUCAGAAGAUGAUCAAUCUCCUUCUACGAGAUUGAUCGGAGUCUCCAAUAGAGACCACGGUGACUUAACUGUGCCUAUACCAUCUGCAUCCUCACCGGCCAGUGAGCCCAGAGGAGAGGCAACAGGGGAUAUUAAUGAUAGCUUCAGUGAUGUCCUAGCCACGAUUGAAAACGACUCGGGACUACCUCGAGUGGAUUUUAUUCUGACACAGAAUAAAAUGACGGUGCGAGUGUUAAUAGACACAGGCGCCAAAACCGCUUCAUACGUUUCGAAAGCGUACGUGGGUGUGGAAGGAUGGUAA